GCGCCUCAGCAGAGCAAGCGCCGCCGAGGCCCCGGGCCACAGACCCCGGCGGCGGCGGCGGCGGCGGUGGCCGGGACGGCAGGGCGAGAGCCGACGGCCUGAGCACUCUCUGCACUCCCACUCCUGGGCCUUCGCGGGCCUCGACGUCCCCAGCGCCCAACUUUUCCAUCCUCCCCCUCCCCUCCCCCCGAAACUCCAGCAACAAAGAAAAGUAGUCGGAGAAGGAGCGGCGACGCCGUGUCUCCCGCCCCUCCUCGCCUAGGAAGGCCGAGUACAGUCAUGGCCACCCAGGUAAUGGGGCAGUCUUCUGGAGGAGGAGGGCUGUUCACAGGCAGUGGCAACAUUGGCAUGGCCUUGCCUAACGACAUGUAUGACUUGCAUGACCUCUCCAAAGCUGAAUUGGCUGCACCUCAGCUUAUCAUGUUGGCAAAUGUGGCCUUAACUGGGGAAGUAAGUGGCAGCUGCUGUGAUUACCUGGUUGGUGAAGAAAGACAGAUGGCAGAAUUGAUGCCUGUUGGAGAUAACAACUUUUCAGAUAGUGAUGGAGAAGGACUUGAGGAGUCCCCUGAAAUAAAAGGUGAACCCAGUGGACUGGAAAACAUGGAACUGGAAAGUUUGGAACUCAGUGUUGUAGAACCACAGCCUGUGUUUGAGGUCUCAGCUGCUGCCCCAGAAAUUUACAGCUCCAGUAAAGAUCUUCCCCCUGAGACACCUGGAGCAGAGGACAAAUGCAAGAACUUGAAGAGCAAACCUUUUCGCUGUAAGCCAUGCCAGUAUGAAGCCGAAUCUGAAGAACAGUUUGUGCAUCACAUCAGAGUUCAUAGUGCCAAGAAAUUUUUUGUGGAAGAAAGUGCAGAGAAGCAAGCAAAAGCCAGAGAAUCUGGGUCUUCCACUGCAGAGGAGGGAGAUUUCUCCAAGGGCCCCAUUCGCUGUGACCGCUGUGGCUACAAUACCAAUCGAUACGAUCAUUAUACUGCUCACCUGAAACACCACACCAGAGCUGGGGAUAAUGAGCGAGUCUACAAGUGUAUCAUUUGCACAUACACCACAGUAAGCGAAUAUCACUGGAGGAAACACUUGAGAAACCAUUUUCCAAGGAAAGUAUACACAUGUGGAAAAUGCAACUAUUUUUCAGACAGAAAAAAUAAUUAUGUUCAACAUGUUCGAACUCAUACAGGGGAACGCCCAUAUAAAUGUGAACUUUGUCCUUACUCAAGUUCUCAGAAGACUCAUCUAACUAGACAUAUGCGUACUCAUUCAGGUGAGAAGCCAUUUAAAUGUGAUCAGUGCAGUUACGUGGCCUCUAAUCAACAUGAAGUAACCCGCCAUGCAAGACAGGUUCAUAAUGGGCCUAAACCUCUUAACUGUCCACAUUGUGACUACAAAACAGCAGAUAGAAGUAACUUCAAAAAACACGUAGAGCUACAUGUUAAUCCACGGCAGUUCAAUUGCCCUGUGUGCGACUAUGCAGCUUCCAAGAAGUGUAAUCUGCAGUAUCACUUCAAAUCCAAGCAUCCUACUUGUCCUAAUAAAACAAUGGAUGUCUCAAAAGUGAAACUAAAGAAAACCAAAAAGCGAGAGGCUGACCUGCCUGAUAACAAUAUUACCAAUGAAAAAAAAGAAACAGAACAGACAAAAAUAAAGGGGGGGGAUGUGGCUGGAAAGAAGAAUGAGAGGUCUGUAAAAGUGGAGAAGAAAGAUAAUGUUUCAAAAGAGAAAAGGUCUUGUAGUAAUGCUUCAACUCAAGUGACUACCAGAACUCGCAAAUCCGCAAUGGAAACUAAAGAAAUGGAUGUGCAUGCAGGAAAUAAUUCAGAAACAACCUGUAAAACCAAGAAAAGCAAAAGGAGGAUGGAAGCUGAAGCCCAUUCCUUAAAAGAUCCUGUUAAUGAUGAGGAACCUGUGACAAAAAAGAAAAAGAAGGCAGAAAGCAAAUCCAAAAAUAGUCAGGAAGUGCCAAAAGCUGAUAGCAAAGUAGAGGAGACUAAAAAGCAAACUACUUGCACGAAAAAAAGUACGAAGAAGAAAAGUCUGAAAAAUAAGUCAAGUAAAAAAGGCAGCAAGCCUGCUCAAAAGGAGCCUGCUCAGAAGGGGCCUGUUCAGAUGGAGCCUUCUCCUCCCAGAGGGCCUGCUGAGAUGGAGCCUUCUCCUUCCAAGGGGCCUGCUCAGAUGGAGCCUUCUCCUUCCAAGGGGCCUUCUCAGAUGGAGCCUUCUCCUUCCAAGGGGCCUUCUCAGAUGGAGCCGCCUGCUUCCAAGGGGCCUUCUCAUUUGGAGCCUUCUUCCAGGGGGCCUGCUCACAUGGAGCCGCCCCCUGCCAUGGAGUCUGCUCAGAUGGAUGUUGGUCAGAUGGAGCCUCCUCCUCCACCAUCUCCUCCCAUGGGGCCCACUCACCUGGAGGUUGAUCAGAUGGAGCCUCCUCCUCCCACAGAGCCUCCUCUUCACAUAGAACCAAGUCCCAAAAAGUCUCCUCGAAAAGAUAAAAAGGAAAAGUCCAACACGCAGAGUGAAAUGGCACGGAAGGAGCAAGUCCUUAUUGAAGUUGGCUUAGUGCCUGUCAAAGAUAGCCAGCUUCUAAAGGAAAGUGCAGGUGCACAGGAUCUCUCACCACCAUCAACACCACCGCCAAAGGAAAACUUAAAAGAAGAGGAGUCAAAAGACCAAAAAUUAUUCACUGAAGGCGAAGGAAGCAAAGAAGCCCCUCUUCAAAAAGUAGAAGAGGCAGAGAAGAGUCUAGCUGGUCUUGCUGCUAUUAUCAAGGAAUCUGCCAAUAUUUCAUCCUCUGAACAAAACUUGACUAUGCCAGAGGGUGAAAUUUUAGAUGUUAAGUGUCAGGCUGACGCUGUGCUUUGUGAAAUGGAAAUGGACACUGACAAGAACAAAACAGAGAAUCCCCCUGGCAAAGACCCAGCAGUUGAAGAACCAGUUUCACCAGUGCUGCUUCCCCUACCAAUAGAAAACCAUGAAGCAGUGUCCAAAACUGCUGUGACAUCACCUUCUGUCACUGUAGCAGUAAAUGAGUCUCAGGAAAUGGAUGAAGAUGAAGGCAUCCACAGUCAUGAUGGAAGUGAUCUAAGUGACAACAUGUCAGAGGGUAGUGAUGACUCUGGAUUGAAUGGGGCCCGGCCAGUUCCACAAGAAACCAACAGGAAAAAUGCAAAGGAAACCUUGGCAGUCAAAGUGGCUGAGGGAGAUUUUGUUUGUAUCUUCUGUGAUCGCUCUUUUAGAAAGGAAAAAGAUUACAGCAAGCACCUCAAUCGCCAUUUGGUUAAUGUAUACUUCCUUGAAAAAGCAGCUAAAGGGCAGGAGUAAUUAAACUUAGGAUAAGGCUUCAGUUCUUAGUUUAUAAGAUCUAUUACAUUUAAUAUUCAUUUAUAGUUGUAGACAACCUUUUAUUUUUUUAAAUUGCUUUAAUUAGUGUCCGAUGUUGAUUUUUAAGUGGCACUCUUUUCCUUAGGACUUUAUACUUACUGAUGGAUAAAUCUUAGCAAAUCCAAGGAAGUUAGUGUACUAAACCAGCAGACACCUCAAUCCGUUAGCUUAUACAUUUAAUUGAAAUGAGAAGGCCAAGGUGGUAUUGUAGCAUUCUGUUGCUUUGUCUGGCUGUAACUUGUCACUUUUCUUGCCAUGUCUGUCUUCUUGUUUCACAUUAGUUUUUUUCUAGUUCUUUGUUUAGUUCUAUAAAAAUUGGC